AUGGAAUGUUUAUCCUUCCCUGAUCAGUUCAUUACUUGGGUGAUGGAGUGUAUCCAGUCAGUGAACUACACCAUCCUGAUCAAUGGAGAGGGUACCGAGCCUUUUGAUGCGGCCAAAGGUCUUAGACAAGGAGACCCCAUGUCUCCAUUCCUAUUUGCAAUUGCUAUGGAAUAUCUUAGCAGAGGACUAAAUGGCCUCGAAGCAAAUUUAGGAAAGAGUUCAAUGUAUUUUGGAGGUGUAUCCCCAACUCAGAGGCUGGAAAUGCUACAACUAUCAGGCUUUUCAUGUGGUGAACUACCUUUCAAAUGCUUAGGGGUUCCUUUAUCCACAAAGAAAUUGAACAUCAUGCAAUGGCAACCACUUAUCCUCAAAAUUGUGGCGAAAAUCUCUUCAUGGACAGCCAAAAAGCUUUCAUAUGCAGCUACUGUAGAAGUUACUUGUGGUCGGGAAGUAACAACGUCAGCUAAGAAGGCUCAGUUGCUUGGCAGUGCAGAGUAUGCUCUCCCAAAUGUGUGGGUGCACCUAUAUUAUAUAAAAGGCCAGGACAUAAACACUAUGCAGAUCCCCAAGCAGGCUUGUUGGAUGAUCAGAAAGGUGAUAGAAGCAAGAAGUACCAUGAACCAUGUGCAAGUGAAUAUAAGAGCUGGGAAAAGCUUCAUUAGACAAGUGUACUUUCAACUGUUAGGAAAUGAACCUAGAGUCCUCUGGAGGAACUUGAUUUUUCAAAAUGCAGCAAGACCAAAAGCCAAAUUCACGCUAUGGCUUUUGAUGCACGGAAGAUUGUUGACUACUGAUAGGCUGCAUAAAUGGGGAGUACCAGUUGAUCUAUCGUGUGUUUUCUGCCACAACCAUGAUGAAUCAAGAGAACAUUUAUUUGUUGAAUGCAUAUAUGGACAGUCGCUAUGGAGUAGACUAUUAACCUGGAUACAGAGACAACCAAUAGCUGCUACUGGAUAG